AUAAUCAAAAACCCUCUUAACACGCGUCUAUCAUCAAUUCUGCCUUUCUUUAGUUCCUUACAAACAACUACAUAUAUGCACCCCAACUCUUCAAUUUUCCAUUAAACUUUCUUAUAUUGAUAUCUUGAAAUUCAUUUGUAUUUGUACAGUUUUUGCUCGAGGGAUUCUUAAUCAGUUUGUGCUGCUCAACGUUCGAUUAAUCAGAACAUCGAAAUGAUGAAGGUUGAGGUACACAAGAGGAAACAUCACCCGAAAGACAAAUUCAAAGCAGAAAUGAAGAAAAAGAAAGCAAUUUUAGAGGACGAGUUAUCGACCAAAUUUGAGGAAGACGGGUUUGCGCCGGAGUUGUCUACAGAAGAGAAAGGAGAAGAGAAGAAGAGUUUGUCAGGUAUGAGCAAGUAUGUUACACAUGGUUACCAUUUGGUACAAGGGAAACAGGGUCAUGCUAUGGAAGACUAUAUUGUUGCGAAAACUAGACAAGUUGAUGACUCCGAGCUAGGUUUAUACGCAAUUUUUGACGGACAUUCAGGUCGUGAUGUCGCUAAGUAUUUACAGAAGCAUUUGUUUGAAAAUAUCCUCAGUGAGCCCGACUUCUGGACGGAUACAAAGGCUGCAGUCAAAAGAGCUUAUGAGAAUACCGAUGAUGAAAUACUAAAUGAAGUAGUUGGUGCACGAGGGGGUUCAACCGCAGUUACAGCUCUACUGAUUGAUAUGAAAAAGCUGGUUGUAGCGAACGUUGGGGACUCUCGUGCAGUUAUAUGCAAUGGCGGUGUGGCCAAACAGAUAACUGUAGAUCAUGAACCACUGAAAGAGAAGGACGAAAUUGAGAGCAGAGGUGGACGUGUAAUAAAAAGGCCAGGAAACGUACCACGUGUCGAUGGACAGUUGGCAAUGGCGAGAGCGUUCGGAGAUGGGAGACUAAAGGAACACAUAACAUCAGAACCAGAUACAUUUGUAGAGGAAAUCGACGAGGAUACUGAAUUUGUUAUUCUGGCAAGUGAUGGGUUGUGGAAGGUGAUGUCUAACCAAGAAGCAGUAGACUGCAUCAAAGACAUAGAUGACGCUAAGGAAGCGGCUGAAAGUUUAGUCGAGGAAGCUCUGGAUAGAGGAAGUAAAGAUGACAUUUCAUGUAUUGUCGUAAUUUUUCAGUGACCAUCUCGAUUAUGGGGUCACAGUUGGCUUGCUUUCGAGUUUAUGCACCAAUCUCUCAA